UGAUAACCAUGAGGUCCAUAGCCUGUCUCCUUUCCCUGCUAACUGUGUUUGGUCCUGCAAAAUGUGGGAAUAUUUUAGUCUGGUUUACUGAGGCAAGUCAUUGGAUUAAUCUGAAAAUUGUGUUGGAAACACUGAUGGACAAAGGACACAUUGUUACAGUACUGAUGCCAAACGCCACUCUUUACAUGGAUGUCAGAGAAACGGAUCGCUUUUCCUACCAGCAUUUUAAUGUGUCCAUGUCUGCAAAUGAACUUCAUGAUCAUUUUGAAAAGAUUCUGCACUUCACCAUGUACGAGAUGGAUCAGUUAAACCUUCUGCAGAUUCAUAUCAAGUUUUAUGAGAUUUUCUCCAAAGAUCAGGACAUCUGUCUUUUAUACUGCGAUGGAAUUUUGAAAUCUUCAGGCUUGAUGGACAAAUUGCAGCAUGGGAAGUUCGACGUCAUGCUGGCUGACCCAAUCUACGCUUGCAGUGAGAUUUUAGCUGAACAGCUGAACAUUCCCUUGGUGUACACAUUACGAUUCUUUAUUGCUCACACUGUAGAGCGGAUGUGUGGUCAGAUACCGGCUCCACCAUCAUUUGUUCCUGGAGCCAUGAGUAAACUCACGGACAAGAUGAGCUUUACUGAGCGAAUCAUCAACAUGCUCUUCUACCUUUCUCAAGAUGCUUUGGCCAUUAGUCUGUGGAAGAAAUUUGACAACUACUAUACUGAAUAUUUAGGACGACCCACUUCAUAUUGUGAAAUGAUGGCGAAAGCCGAUAUCUGGUUAAUCAGAACUUACUGGGACUUUGAGUUUCCACGGCCAUUCUUGCCCAACUUCAAAUACAUUGGAGGGAUUCACUGUACCCCUGCCAAACCUUUACCCAAGGAUAUGGAGGUGUUUGUGCAGAGUUCAGGUGAUGAUGGGAUAGUGGUGUUCACUCUUGGAUCCAUGAUAAACAACAUUACCAAAGAGAGGAGCAAUAUAAUCGCCUCUGCACUGGCACAGAUACCUCAAAAGGUCUUAUGGAGAUACGCUGGAGAGAAGCCAGAGACUCUUAGUGAGAACACCAGAAUCUAUGACUGGAUCCCUCAGAAUGACUUAUUGGGUCACCCCAAAACUAGAGCUUUCAUCACUCACGGUGGCACAAAUGGCAUCUAUGAGGCCAUAUAUCAUGGUGUUCCAAUGGUCGGGAUUCCCUUGUUUGCGGACCAGCCAGAUAACUUGGUCCAUAUGAAGGCCAAGGGGGCUGCUGUUAUCAUGGACUUCAACAGCAUGCAGACUCAAGACCUGGUGGACGGACUCAACGCUGUCAUUAAGGACCCCUCGUAUAAAAAGAAUGCCAUGCGUUUGUCCAGGAUUCAUCAUGACAGACCAAUUAAGCCUUUGGAUGAGGCCGUGUUCUGGAUAGAGUUUGUCAUGCGUAAUAAGGGUGCUAAACACCUGCGUGUGGAGGCCCAUAACCUUACCUGGUACCAGUACCACUGUCUGGAUGUGUUUGCUUUUCUCAUCACUAUAGUGACUGUAGUCCUCUAUAUCUUCUAUAAAAUGUGUAAAUACUUCAUAAUGCGUUGCUGUUUUAGAUCAAAGCAUAAAAGCAAAAAAGAGUGAUUAGACUUCUUUCUUCUUUGAACAUUCUGUGUGCUAAAUAGUUUUACAUGCUUGAUUAAAACACGAGACUGAACAUUCAGCUGUAUAUUACUUUUAAGAACUUAAAAAUAACCAUAAUUGUGCUCUAGUUCUGAUUAUGCAUGAUCAGUAAGCAAUACUUUGCUGCCUCUAGUGGACAUAACAGGUUCAGUAGUGUAGUCUAGUAUGCCCUCUAUAUGCUGUAUGCCCACCUAUCUUUCUUAGAAUUUUAUGUAUGCCCACCUAAAAUAAGUGAUGAUACGUAUGGCCACCAGAACAACGAGUAGGAUUUUGACCCGGAACUUUUUCAAUCUACUAACGCGAGCACCACUGAGUGAAUUGUGUUUUUCGUUUUUAAGUGUACAGAGAUUCUCUCUAAACGCGCACUUAGCUGCGGGAGGUGGGAGCGCAGCUAGGGAUGGGUGGAUCGAUCCUAAAAUAUCGAUACUUACGAUAAUGAUGUUGUAUCAAAAAAAUCGAUCUCACACAAAAAUAUUGAUUCUAAAAAACAUUUUUAAUCUAGGGAUAUUAUUAUUUGGUUACCAUGAACAUGAACAAUAAUCAUAAGCUUCAAAGUGAAAUAAAAGGUUUAGGCUAUAUUAGCAAAUGCAGGAUGGGAACUAUUUCUUCUUCCGCUCAUCUUAACAUGCAUGCUGAAAGACACAAACAGACAAGUGCUUGUGCCGUCACAAUGCUCGUUCAAAAAAGAGGGAUCAGUGCCAUGUAGAGGUAAUGAUAGAAAAUCAGAGAAACAACUUCUGGAGUAAAUUCACACUAAAAUAACAACAUAUCUAAAGGUAACAUUUCUUAUUUGUUAUAAUUUUAUAAUUGUGUGUAAUUGUUGUUAAUAAGUAAUUACUACAGUAAUAUUGUAGUUAAUUGUGUGGUAACCAUGUUUUAACUAAAUACCUUGGUUAAACUAUACAUUUAUGCAUUUGGCAGAUGCUUUUAUCCAAAGCGACUUACAUUGCACUUAUUACAGGGACAAUCCCCCUGGAGCAACCUGGAGUUAAGUGCCUUGCUCAAGGACACAAUGUUGAUGGCUGUGGGGAUCGAACCAACAACCUUCUGAUUACCAGUUAUGUGUUCUAGCCCACCUCGCCACCACCACUCAACUAUAGUUACUGUAGUAAAACCAUGGUUCAAUUUUGUAGGGGUAAACAAAACAGAAGUCUAAUAAUUUUCUGUUUAGGCUCACAAAUGAAAAAAAAUGACUUUUUAAAAUGACUUGAAUUAUGACCCAUUUUAUCCCAAGAAAUCACGAGAAUUUAAAAAAAAAAAAUAUUAAUAGAAGUAUCGAUAUCGGUAUUGGUAUCGGUAUCGACGAUAUUGGACUUGAAAUUAUUGAUAUCGGAUUGAAAAGAAAAUAAGUGGUAUCGCCCAUCCCUAGAUGGCACAGGCAAGACAGAUGCGUUAUUAUUUUCCCCACCCAUUUUCUGUAUUCGGAUUGGCUACUAAGAGCUACUCACAAUCGGUCUGCGAUUGAGCAGCUGAGAAGUCGUUUCAAACAAACAGCCACUAAGUUUGAAGUUCAGUGUGAAUUUUAAAUGGUUAAUAUUAAACAAGACAAAACUAUCACAUGCAUUUAAAUCAGCUGUUUACUGCUUUGUAACAUUGCAGCUUCCAGUGUAUGAACGUGAGUGUGUUUUUAACCUCUUCUGUCCUAUACAACUGAUAGACCUAUUUACUAUACAGUAUAUUCCAUAUAGCUAAAUAUACGAUAUGUGACAUAAUUUUUCACUUCUUUUCUAUAAGUUAUUAUCAUUAAUUAAUUCUGCAAUUCGUUUUUUUUUUAUUUUUUUUAUUAAAAAUAAUAUUAUUUCAAAUUAACAAUUAGAACAAAGGAAUAGUUCACCCAAAAAUAAAAAUUCUCUCAUCAUUUACUCACCCUCAUGUCAUCCCAGAUGUGUAUGACUUUCUUUCUUCACCAGAACACAAAUGAAGAUUUUUAUAGAAGAAUAUUUCAGCUCUGUAGGUCUAUACAAUAAUGAUUUGAUUUGAUUUGAUUUGAUUUGAUUUGAUUUGAUUUACAAUUACAAUUAAUUUGAUUUCAGUAAAUAAAAAUUUCCAUACAUGUA